UGCUCCCCCAUGCUAUUCACACUCCGCCAUGUCGCUUCGUACAGUGUAUGAGUUUUCGGCGCGGCUCCUGUCCGGGGAACUGGUGCCUUUGGCCCGGUACCGGGGGAAAGUGCUGCUCAUUGAGAACGUGGCGUCUCUCUGAGGGACGACUGUCCGGGAUUACACGCAGAUGAACGGGCUGCAGUCGGAGUACGGCGCCCGGGGUCUGCAGGUCCUGGGCUUUCCCUGCAAUCAGUUCGGACACCAGGAGAACACCAGUAACCAGGAGAUCCUGAGUUCUCUGCGGCACGUACGCCCGGGUGGUGGUUUUGAGCCGAACUUCACCCUGUUUGAGAAGUGCGAUGUGAACGGUGAGAAGGAGCACCCCCUCUUCACCUUCCUGAAGGAGCAGCUUCCGUACCCCAGUGAUGAUCCUGUGUCUCUUAUGGGCGACCCCCAAUGCAUCAUCUGGUCCCCGGUUCGCAGGAAUGACAUCUCCUGGAAUUUCGAGAAAUUCCUGAUUGCACCAGAUGGCGUCCCAUACAAGAGAUAUGGCCGCCGUUUUGAGACAAUCAACAUUCGGGAAGACAUUGCAAAGCUACUGAAGGAUGUUCAUCUUGAUGAAAAGAUGUAAGUGCGGCAAUCUGUCGCUGUUCUGGUGGCGUCUGGCAUAAAACCGCAUGCUUUCUAUCGCUCUGACUCUUCAGCCAUUAGAACUGAUGCCAUUGGACUGUCACGUAUGAUGCUUCUUCUCAAAAUUUGUGCAGAGUUGAAGCUGAUGGACCUGGAGACAGUCUGUGGGGGAUGGAUAAUGGGGGGAGUUGUGUGUGAGGGUAUGCCUUAAUAAAGAUUCUUUACACUUU